AUUAUGCUCAAUCAUUGAGCCUCAAUGCUGCAGAAACGACGCGAAAGCACAAGCAAGAUAUAUGCGCAAUUGAAGAGGUUAUGUCGCUAAUCUUGUUUUUGUUUUCUUGAGAAAAAAUUGUAUAUACAUUAGUGAUAGUGACUUUUCUGAUAAAUUUGGGACUUGAAAUUUAUCAAAAUAAUGGCCGACGAGGACGCGAGAACCAUUUGGUGUGGAAAUUUGUCCGAGCAGAUCACCGAAGACAUCCUGUACGAGUUGUUUUUGCAGGCUGGACCUAUACAAAAAGUGAGCAUCCCAAAGGAGCGUGAUGGAAAACCAAAGUCUUUUGGGUUUGUGACAUACAAGAAUCUAUGCUCAGUCCCAUAUGCUUUAGAACUUUUUGAUGGUACGGUCUUGUUUAAUCGGAGUCUAAAUUUGAAAUCAAGAAACAACACUGUUAUGAUGAAGCCAGAACUCUUUGGACAUGAAAGAACAAUGCCCCAUUCAAACUACAAUAGUGGUCAAUAUAAUUUUCAAAAUGAGUUGCAGCUGGGUCAUCAAGUUCUUUUAGGAAACAAAAUGGGCUUUGCUCAGUCCAACAUGUUCAAUAUGAUACCAAUUUCAUAUCCGAGUCAAAAUUCCUUUUAUUCUCAAAAUUCACAGAAAAUGGAUUAUCCUAGGAAUGGUAGACACCAUGGUCAUAGGAAUCAUCCUUAUAAUGACAGAGACAAUUACAGUAACAGAAAUAAUCAUCGCCAGGAAUCGCAUAAUAAACGUGAACAUAAGUCUUACAAAAGUUCAUCUCAUAGAUCUGAUCGUCAUGAGAGCAGGAGAAAAUACCGAUAACAUUGAAGGCAUACAGACCUUUUCUAUAAAUAUUGAAGCAAAUAUUGUUCUAAUCAUGAAGUAUUGAAAGAUUUUUUGAUCUACUUUAUUCUGGUUCUUGUCAGUAUUUGUCUUUGAUAUACAUAGAAAAAUGAAAAUGAUUUUCUGGGGGAUCAGAGCUGGAUAUUUGUCAACUGUAAUGUUAUAUUUUUUAAAAGCGUUCAUAUUACUUAAAAUCUUUUUUUCAUUUUAUGUACAUAGACAUUGUAUAUUUAUGUAUCAUUAUCAUUAGUUUGGAUCUAUUUCUGUAGAAACUUGCUUAUUGUUUUGAUCACCUGUAUGUCAAUAUAAAGAAAAGUAGCCAGCUCUUAUGCUAUUAGUUUACAGGAGAACGUAUUUUUUAUAUAAAUUACUGUAAAAACUGAUAGUUAAUACAACUACAACUAAGAUAUUUCUUUGAGGUAAUAUAGAAUUUCAUGACGAUCAGAAACUUGAUAGUGAAAGUAGUUAAGAUGCAGCUAAGGAGUACGUUCUAGAAAUACUGUUGAUAAAAUUUAAGGUUGCCAAUGCAUCUUUAAAAGUAGCAGCAUUGACCUCAUAUUGAUAAAUAAAUGCGAUAAUAUCCAUGUUUGACUGAAGAUUCUUUGAUAAUAAUAAGAAAAUCAUAACUUCAAUACUUAUCAUUCCAUUGAAAAAUUAAUUACAAUUCUAUUUGGUUCACAACAUCAUUUGUGAAUUAAUAAUAAAUAUUAAUAAAACAUUUCAUAAUAAUACUCUGUAUGAAGAGUAUAACUUUAAUUGAUUACAAUAAUUACUUUCAUAUUAUAUCAUUUGAAUCAGUCUAUACUUUUGUAAUUGAUCUUUCUUCUUCAAUUUGUUUAUAUAAUUGACUCAAAAAGUAAGGUACAAAAUCUUAUGGAAGUACAAAAUACAAAUAAUUUCUAGAAAACGGUAAAUAAAUUGUUUAUUUAAGAGUACAUAUAAAAAUAUCACAUUUUCAUUUUUUUCUCUAUAAUUUCCACAUUGUUUUCGAGAAUUCCCAAAAAUCUUCAAUAUUUAAUAACAACUAUAGAGUAACGAAAAUAAAUCUUGCACGUUACAUUUGAGCAGUCUUUCAGUAGUACCUUUAUUCAAGUGCUUAAUGAGCAAUUUAGCAGCUUUCUCCGCAAGCAUUACGAUAGGUGCAUUUAUAUUACCACUCGGUAGCUUGGGCAAAACUGAAGCAUCAACAACAAAUAAGUUACUUGUUUUGUACACACUAAAACCAGAAAUAUAAAUUUUCAAUAAACUAGAUUACUCUUUAA